AUGUCUGUCAACGAGCUCACGGUGGACAUCGAGGCGAUCCGGCCGUUUGGCCCGGCUCGCUCGACCGUCACGGCCAGGCCGCUCUCAGACGCGCAGCUCAAGCAGUACGAUGACUUCUUCUCGGCCAGCCUGUAUCUGGCCCUGGGCAUGAUCUACCUGCGCAGCAACCCGCUGCUGCGCGAGCCGCUCCAGCUCGACCAGGUCAAGGCCCGGCUGCUGGGCCAUUUCGGCUCGGCGCCCGGACAGAUCUUCACGUACAUGCAUUUCAACCGGCUGAUCAAGAAAUACGACCUGGACGCCAUCUUCGUGUCCGGGCCCGGUCACGGGGCCCCGGCCGUGCUGUCCCAGGCCUAUCUCGAGGGCACCUACUCGGAGGUGUACCCGGAAAAGUCGGAGGAUGACGAGGGCAUGCAGAAGUUCUUCAAGUACUUCUCCUUUCCCGGCGGCAUCGGCUCACACGCCACGCCCGAGACGCCCGGAAGCAUCCACGAGGGCGGCGAGCUGGGCUACUCCAUCUCGCACGCCUACGGUGCUGUCUACGACUAUCCGAACCUGAUUGCACUCACAAUGGUCGGCGACGGGGAGGCCGAAACUGGUCCGCUGGCCACGUCGUGGCACAGCAACAAGUUCCUCAACCCCAUCACCGACGGUGCCGUUCUACCGGUGCUGCACCUCAACGGUUACAAGAUCAACAACCCGACGCUUCUAGCCCGUAUCAGCCACGAAGAGCUGGAGAGCCUCUUCCUCGGCUACGGCUACAAGCCGUACUUUGUCGAGGGCGAUGACAUCACAUCCAUGCACCAGGCCAUGGCCGCCACGCUUGAGCAGUGCGUGGUCGAGAUCCGCGCGAUCCAACAGGAAGCCCGUAGCUCCGGCAUUGCCAAGCGGCCACGUUGGCCGAUGAUUGUCCUGCGCACGCCCAAAGGCUGGACAGGACCGCGCAAGGUCGACGACCACUUUCUCGAGGGCUUCUGGCGUGCUCACCAGGUUCCCAUCACGGAUGUGCGCGAGAACCCAAAGCACCUCGCGCUGCUCGAGAAGUGGAUGCGCAGCUACGAACCAGAGCGGCUCUUCGGCACGGCCGGCCACAUCAGCCCCGAGCUCAAGGCCGCCCUCUGUCCCACGGGCAACCGGCGGAUGAGCGCGAACCCGGUGGCCAACGGUGGAAUCGUCAAGAAGCCGCUCAAGCUGCCCAACUUCCGCGACUACGCCAUCACGGUCGACCAGCCCGGCGUCACGUUUGCCGCCAGCAUGCAGAACAUGGGCGGCUAUUUGCGUGACGUCAUCGCCAAGAACCAGACCAACUUCCGGCUCUUUGGCCCCGACGAGACCGAGUCCAACAAGCUGGCCCGCGUCUAUGAAGCUGGCAAGAAGGCCUGGAUGGGCAGCUACUUUGACGAAGACAAGGACGGCGGCAACCUCGCGCCGGCUGGCCGCGUCAUGGAGAUCCUGUCCGAGCACACCUGCGAGGGCUGGCUGGAGGGCUAUAUUCUGAGUGGCCGCCACGGCCUGCUCAAUAGUUACGAGCCCUUCAUCCACGUGAUCGACUCCAUGGUCAACCAGCACUGCAAGUGGCUCGAGAAGUGCCUCGAGGUCGAGUGGCGCGUCAAGGUGGCCUCGCUCAACAUCUUGCUCACUGCCGUUGUCUGGCGCCAGGACCACAACGGCUUCACCCAUCAGGACCCCGGCUUCCUCGACGUCGUCGCCAACAAGAGCCCCGAGGUUGUGCGCAUCUACCUGCCGCCCGACGGCAACUGUCUGCUGUCGGUCAUGGACCACUGUCUCGUGUCGGCCAACUACGUCAACGUCAUCGUGGCCGACAAGCAGGACCACCUGCAGUUCCUCUCCAUGGAAGAUGCCAUCCAGCACUGCACCAAGGGCGCCGGCAUCUGGCCGCAGUUCAGCACCGAUGCCGGCCACGAGCCUGACGUCGUCAUGGCCUCCUGUGGCGAUAUCAGCACCAACGAAUCGCUGGCUGCCAUCGACCUGCUGCUGCAGUUCUUCCCCGACCUUCGCAUCCGCUGCGUCAACGUGGUCGACCUCUUCAAGCUGAUCAGCCACGCCGACCACCCGCACGGCCUGACCGACCGCGAAUACGUCGCUCUCUUCACCGAUGACAAGCCCAUCAUCUUCAACUUUCACUCGUACCCCUGGCUGGUCCACCGCCUGACCUACAAGCGUCCCGGCAGCACGAACAUCCACGUGCGCGGCUACAAGGAGAAGGGCAACAUCGACACCCCGCUUGAGCUGGCCAUCCGCAACCAGACCGAUCGCUUUAGCCUGGCCAUGGACGCCAUCGACCGCACACCUCACCUCAAGAACUCCGGCUCGUCUGCCCGCCAGGAGCUGCUGAAUGCGCAGAUCUCGGCCCGCAACGAGGCCUUUGAGAACGGUGUCGACCCGGCCUUCUUGAACAAGUGGGCCUGGUCCCGUGGUGCCGGCAAGUGGAAGGAGGCGGCUUGA